AUGGAUCCAGAUAUACCGGCUCCGUCCAUCGAAUUUGAUCAUGGCGGCCUCUCUGUCAUCAACCAAAGCCCCGUCACAAUGUCAACGGGACCACCCACCACGGCGACCACCGCAAACUUCAACACCACCACCCCCUCCAAACCAACUCCAAGGCGCCCGACUGAAUCCCCUCGAAUGCAGUACAACUCUUCACCUCUGCGCUCUUCGUCUCAGUACAAACCGGUCUCACCAAAACCACCCUCAAGAUCCCCCUCAGUCGCAAGUUCAUAUCGUGGAGAAAGACAGGCAACUCCUACUCUGACCACAAAAAGAUCAACAUCAAGUCUCAGUACGGCAAGAGGAACCACUCCUUCCUCACUUCAUCCCCUCUAUCGCCGAUCUUCGUCCAAUCUCAACCCCUCAAGCCCCGCUUCAAAUGGGAAAUCUGCCGCCAUGAACAUCCCAGAGAAACCACCAGUCACGGCCAACUCAGUUGCCAAAGACUAUUUCGGGAAAGAGCUGGAGGCGCAUGCCAAUCUACAAUCUCCUGUUAUUGUCAUUGUUCAUGAUGCAUGCUAUGGACAUCGCUUUUCAAGACCCAGAUCCACAAAGAACGCCCUGGCCAGUAUUGUUGAACGACCCGAGCGCAUUCACGCCACGCUGUUAGGUGCUGCCACUGCAUAUGUACGACUUGGUGGCCGACACCAGAAUGGCCCCUACAUGCCUCGACCCAAGCAUGAUGUCGCAGAUGUCAAGGACGUACCAUUCCAAAUUCGAAAGACCUCUCGCACCAUUCCUCUCAAUCACCCCUCGGUCACCUUCGUCCAUGGCACGAAAUGGAUGGAAGAAUUGCAGAUCAUGUGCGACUCUGCAGAAGCCAAAUUGGCCUUGAAUGGGAAGGAGUUGGUCCGACCAAUCGGAUAUGGCAAGGAUGAAAGUGGUGCCGCACUCCCUAAGCUGCACGAAGGCGACCUGUAUCUCUGUGAAGAGUCGCUGAACGCGCUACAAGGCUGUCUGGGAGGUGUCUGUGAUGCUGUCGACACAAUAUUCUCGGCAAACCCCACCAAACGUGCCUUUGUUUGUAUUCGUCCUCCUGGUCAUCAUUGCUCCUCCAAUUUCCCUUCUGGAUUUUGUUGGUUAAACAAUGUUCAUGUUGGUAUCUCAUACGCUGCCAUGAAUCAUGGUUUGACUCAUGCCGCCAUCAUUGAUUUUGAUCUCCAUCAUGGCGACGGUUCUCAGAAUAUUGCCUGGGAUCAAAAUCGCAAGGCGCAAAAUCUUCCGAAGAACGCUGCUGCUCACCGAAAGACUCCAAUCGGAUAUUACAGUCUGCACGAUAUCAACUCUUACCCAUGUGAGUGGGGCGACGAAGAGAAGGUCCGCAAUGCAAGUUUAUGCAUUGACAACGCCCAUGGUCAGUCUAUUUGGAACGUCCAUUUGGAGUCCUGGAGCACACAUCAAGAAUUCUGGAAGCUCUACGAGACAAAAUAUUCCACACUGCUUGAGAAGGCUAGAAUUUUCCUUCGAACUCAUACUGCCAAGUUGCGCGCUGCAGGCAGUCAAGAACCCAGAGCAGCCAUUUUCAUUUCGGCAGGGUUUGAUGCCAGUGAAUGGGAAAGUGCCGGAAUGCAGAGGCAUAGCGUCAACGUACCGACUGAAUUCUAUGCAAGAAUCACCGCAGAUCUGGUCAAGUUAUCACAGGAAGAAGACUUGGGAGUUGACGGCCGGCUUAUUAGCGUUCUUGAGGGAGGCUACAGCGAUCGCGCCCUGACCUCUGGUGUGUUGAGUCAUAUUUGCGGUCUGGCCACGGAUGUUGCUCCCACUUUGCAAUCUUCAUCGGAAAUGUUUGGUACUCCAAAGUUUCAGACCAUCAACAAUUGGAUCCCGGAAAAUGAAGCCAUGGCCAAUAGUGCUAAACAUACCUUCAACUCAGAAUGGUGGGCGCUCGACAAUCUGGAAGACCUAGAAAGCGUUGUCGCUGGGCGUCAACCGGCUGGUCCGAAAUCUCUGCAAGACAAAACAGGAAAUUAUUCGUCGCCUACUCACGCCUCCACAGCGAAGAUGACCGAGAAUGCUCGUGAUAGGCACUCUCUAUCUGCUCUACAAGCUCGAUUGUCUCUAGAGUCACAGUAUGUCCCUCCACCACCCGAUGUUGACUGGGCAGUGGCUUCAUAUGAGCUAUCUCGUGUCAUCAUUCCUAGUGAACGUCAAACAGUGAGUUGCACUCAUGAGGAGCUUAAUGCUGAGGCCACAAAGGCUCGUCGUGAACGACGAUCGAAUAUUGGUGUUACAGUUCAACCAAGUGAGGGAAUGCAGCUUCGAGAUCGAAGAACUAGAAUUCAGGCGUCGGAGUUUGGUGGUGCGAGAGCAUCGUCCCGUACAGAGAAUAGGAGAACCACUAUUGCAGCUGUGAGCGAGUUACCCGAUCCUUCCAUGCCUCCACCUGUCGGAGUCAAUGGAAGACCACGUCGAAGAUCCAGUGAUGCUUCAAGCAUAUUGUCUAGUUUCCAAGGCAUGAAGCUUUCUGACGAUACCAUUUCGACCUCCGCGACACUGCCAAGUAACCAGACCGGCAAUAUUUCGAGAGCCACAUCCAUUGUUCCAGAAAAAUCUGCCAAAACAGUUGCUGUGAAGAAGACCAGAGCGCCUCCCGUUACCAAAGCGCCCGCCAAGCCGAAAACAAGUCCUCGAAAGCCUAGAGCCCCAAUAUCGACUUCUACAACUGGAACAACCACAGGAAAGCCGGGAGUUUUGACCAGCACGAAUGGUAUCAAAAAAGAUCUGACCUCUAAUGGAAGAAUUCCGUCCGCGUCCUCACGUGAUAUUACCAGUGCAGAACCAAAACCGGAUGAUAUGGAGAACCUUGCCAACAGCAUGAAGAAGAUCAGCAUAAAACUGAAAGUGCCAACACCAGAGGAGCAUGCAGCAAAGCAACAACAGGCCCUCGAAGAAAAACAGAAGAAGCCACGGGCAAAAAAGCCUGCUGUACCAAAGCUUCUGAAAUCAGCGAAAUCCAAUCCAUCAACACCGCUUGAUUCUUUCGUGGCCAUCCAGCCAAAGGCCACGGAGAACCCACCUAUUGAAGUUCUCAAAGUGGUAGGCGGUACUACAAUUCCAAGCGUGCCUCCCACCCAAACCACGCCUGCACCAGAGCCAGUCGCGGCCAAGGUUGAUGCUCCAGAAUCUCUCCCAGCAGCACUUCCAAGCAUGAAUCCAGAACAUUUGAAGGGACAACCUCCAGCUUCGUUGCAAAAUCACCACGUCCACACUGCUAACACUCUGUCAACUGGCCAACUUGAAUCGCCACCUCCAACUGCGGUGAAAGUCGAAUUUCCUGACAUCGCGAAGACAAUGCAGACUGACCAAAUGCCCCCACCAGCAUAUGUGGAGCAUCCACCCAUCCACGAGAAUCCAAAGAUCUUGCCCUCAGUUCCACCUUCCAAUAUUUUAGGUCAGCAGCCUAGAUCAAUUCAAAACAUUCCACAGGUCUCAUCCACCGGGACGAGGACUCCCACUCGUACAAAGGAGAACCUGCCAGUUUUCACUUCUCAAUCGCCAAUUCCAUUCGCCACGGCAUCAAUACCCAAGGCGCAUGCAAUUGCUCCAGAGACCUCAAUCUGGGAUAUUCCUGAGACUCCUCAGCAGUCGGACAUGAAGAAAGAUACCUCACAAUCAGGCUCAUAA